AUGAGCCACUUUGUCUUUGUUGGUACCCAAAGCUUCAUUUCUGUCUUCCUCAACCCCAAGUGCUUGUUCAUAGUAGGCAAUGUCAUUGUUGUCAUCCUCGUUCGAGAGUCAAAGCUUGCUGUUUCGCGUCCAUCUCCGGCCACUGAGAUUUAUGACGAGUAUGUUAGGAGGAGCCAAGCUCUUCGCAAAGCCUCUACGUACAAGGAGAAGAAAGAAGAAGGGAAAUUGACAGAAAAGUUAACUGGUCAGGAGAAGAAAAACAGUAUUGAAACUGGAUUGAAGAAGAAAAACAUGCAGACGAUAGAGAGAGAUCGAAAAGGUGAUCGUCAUCGCGAAGAGGAGGAGCCUGGCUUACCUGUUCAGGAGUUGAACAAAAGAGUUGAAGAUUUUAUUGCUAGGGUUAACAAGCAAAGAUGGCUUGAAGAAUACAGGCUGUGA